AUGCCAUCCGCCAUCGCGAACGACGAAUGGGACCUCCCCCGCCUGAAAGCCUCCAUCGGAUUCGAGGAUGAAACUCGAUACUCCUCGGUUUAUGAUCAAGACACCGAAUUCUUUGAUGUCAAGUUUUACCCCUUCCUCGAGGCCACCGAGGACCCUGUCUUUGCGGCAGUCAGUAAGAAACAUAUUGUGAUCUAUCGAUUGUCGAACACGGCAAACCCGCCUUAUGAAUUAAUCCGGCUUUUAAGAGACGAUGAUGACCAAGCUGUGAACUGCAGCUGCACGUGGAGCAAAGACCCAGAGACUGAAAUUCCUUGGCUCUGUGUGGCGGGACGGGAUGCAAAAAUCAAGAUCUACGAUGUGUUUAACGGGUCUUUAAUCAAGACACUCGUGGGUCAUGGCGCCGAAAUCAACGAUCUUGCUACAUGUCCGACAAACCCUUUACUGAUUGCUUCCGCCUCCGAUGAUACUAGCGUGCGGAUAUGGAGUCUUGAUCCUAGCGAUGAUAAGCAACCGUGUGUUGCUAUCCUUGGCGGAGAAGGGCACUCCUCUGGUCUUCUCACGGCAGCAUUUCAUAACGGCGGUCGAUAUCUUCUCUCUGCCGGCCACGACAACUGUUGGACAUUGCCAGAUCUUUCGGUGCGACCUAGAGACAAGAACCCUCCACCUCCCGUUAUCGUCCAUUAUCCUCACUUUUUCACGUCCGAGGUUCAUAGUGGAAUCGUCGAUUGUGUCGCUUUCUUCGGUGACUUGAUUCUCUCCCGAGCUUGUCACGAAGACAUCAUUGUCCUGUGGCGUAUUGAAGGGUUCUCCUCUCAGGACCCUCCACCUCCUCCGUCGAGCGCGCCUACUACUAGUGAUACGGAACGCUUAACCCGGUCAGCCUUCGCGCCAGCAACUGCUUCAACUUGCCCUCCGCAGUAUACGCGCAUGAUCCAGUUUCACACCCCCGGAAGCGGUCACCAGUUCUACAUGCGCUUCAGGCUAUACCAUGAUAAGGAAAAGCACCCCGUGCUUGCCUUUGGCAAUGCGCACUCUACCAUCUUCUUCUGGGACCUGGCGAGAUUGACAGGCUACCACGCGUUCAUGAACGAGCUCGACAAUCCAGAUCGCCAAGAGCCGGUCCACCGGCCAAGCUGGCUCCAGCCAAUCGUCCAUAAGCAGAAGGGCGACCCGGUCAGCAAGGUGAAGGACGCAGAAGAUAGGGACUCUGUGAUCUCGGGGCAGACCGGUAGCGGCAGCGACAUAGGCCCCCAGGCCAACACGGUCACCCACUACACCCCGGAGACGCUGGACAUGUGGAAGGGCAAAUAUGACAUGACCCGCGUGGACGAGGCGAUCAAGGCCCACUCGCAGAGCACCAUCACCAUUAAGGAUUUCAUCGGCAGGCAGGUGGCUUGGAGCCCGCAGGGAGACUGGUGCGUCGUGGUCGGCAGCAAGAACCUUGCGGUCAUCAUGAACAGGUGGCAGAAGAAGGACAAAGACGACAAGAAGUCGAGCACCACUAAGGUAUUGUAA